AUGAGCACGACUGAGCAUUCUAUGAAGUCUUCCUUCUCUCAUCGUGCAAGCACAGAGCAUGUCAGAUCUCGAGGAUCUCCUUUGACAACAAAGAAUCUCAAUGUCUUCCAAAAACCCCCGAGUGCGUCCUCUCGACAUCGAAUCCAUGAACUUUCCGACAUCCGCGAAGUUUCAGGCUCGUCUAAGGAGGGUACCGUCCUCAAGAAGCUAUCACCCAUGCUGGAUGUAUUCAAAGACCGGAAAGUGUCCGAGUCCAUGUCGCAGCUAACCUCACAAGAGUAUGGCGAUGUCGAAAACAAUUUAGAGGACACGCCUCCGUCCAGGCCUCUAACACCAUCACGCGAAAUGGGUAGUCGAGCUCCAAGCGCGCUGAGCCUACUCAUGAAGGACGUGCCUGAGCGAAGAUCUUCAGCCAGCUUUCUCGGCAAAUGCAAUGCCAUGUCCAGGCAUUCCAGCGUGAAUGACCUUCCCUCCUGGAAAUUGCCACCACCUUCUGCAGCGGGGCAGACCAUUCCUUCUCGGGGGCGGGUCAGCUCACCGGUGCGCAAUGUGAUGAAGCAUGAUCCUACGGCCUCCAAUACCGUGCGAAGUCCUUCCAAGACUUUCAUUAGAACGACGCCUCCCCUAGACAUUCUCGAUCUCGGAAACACUCGUCAUGGACGCGUCGACAUCAGCCUUCAAACACCAGCCCCUUUGUUUGUUGGAGGCGGAACUAUUGAGGGACACCUCUUGCUUACUGUCGAUGGGGGAAGUACCCAUAAGAUCAAGGCAAAACCAUUGUUCAUCUCCAGGCUUUCUAUCGACGUCAUUGGUGUUGAGGAGGUGACGGACGGCAGAAGAUGGGUCUUCCUCUCACUUGCCACAGAGCUCUUCGACAUAGACCACCCACCACCAGCUCCUCUGGUAUCCGCCCAAACUCCUGCCUCUGGGCCAGAACUUUCAUGGCCUCUUAAGCCUUCGUCGGUGGUAAUUCCAUUUUGUUUGAAUCUACCGCUCAAUAUUGGUCCCCCACCAUAUGUGUCAAAGCAAGCUCGCAUUCGGUAUAUCCUUUGUGGAACCGCUCACGUCAGAUCAGCUGGGAAACGUGCUUUGAUCAGACAGAGUUUUGAGAUUCAAAUGCUGACUGUGUACGAUCCGGAAAAGGCACUCAGUACUCUUCCAAGCCCCUUACUCGCCACAGAGCAACUUUCCAUCCCGCAUGGCACGGUCACACAAACUAUCAAGCUAACGGCAGGGCUGCAUCGGCAGACAUGGGUCAAUGGCGCCAUGAUUUUUGUCGACGUCCACGUCAUGAACAACAGCCCAAAGACGCUUAAGAAGAUUGAGGUGCAAUUGGAGAAAAGCACGUUAUGGUACUCUCAUGCGGCUGCAGGCACGAUCGAGAAGAGGGCCACACAUCUACGACUUCCGAAAAGGAGCGACAGUGAGGUUGUCUGCAUAUCGGUUUUCAAGAAAUCCAAAGAUUGGAAGGGUAUUCCCUCUCACAGUAGCGAAGUCCGGACAUGCGAUUUGGAAAUCCCACGAGGGCAUGUUACCAUCUGCACAGGUCGAUAUUUCGAGGUUCGAUAUUUUCUCAAUAUCAUUCUCACCGUGGCAACAUUCAAGACGAUCGCUGUCCAAUUACCAGUCACACUUAUCCACAUCAACUCUUUGGAUAUUGUUCCAAACUCUCUCGCUCAAGUUGCCGCUUCUAUUGAAGCUAAACGUGCUCGUACAGUGUCCGUCCCCUACGAAGCUCUGUAUCCACCGUUUCACCAGGGCCAAGCCUUCACGGCUCCUCGCCGACAGUCUCUCGAGAGAAUGAGAAGGGCGUCUGGCGGGCUUAACAUGGAUGAUUUGGCAGCCUUGACCCACGAUCUUGAUGCCUCGCCUCGUCGGUUUGCUAGAGCUUCCAGCCACGGCCACAGACACGAAUCUAUCACAUCCGCUGCGUUUCCGGGAGAGAAUGAUCCUCCGAGUAGAGUCAGUAUGGCACCAUCUUCUCAUCACCAUCACACGCACCACAACAGCUGUUACCAUUGCCACCUACAGGAUGCAGAUCGUCCUCAACAUUCACGCCAUAAGCCGUCUUUGUCCUCUCUUCCAGGCCCCAAAUUGCCCAGACUCCAACUUUCAACCUCGGGUCUUGGCUUCUCCGAGUCUGAGUUCGAAAUCGCUCCAGAUUCGCCACCCAGAAAAGUCAUGCUUAGUGAGAGCGAGAGGAAGCUCAUUCUUCAAGAGAGAGAGCUUAAACUGCAGAGACAAAUGAGUCAGAAGAAACAGUCUACACAACAGCUACAGCGCAAGCCGAGUUUGAGUCUGUCAACUCGUGAAGCCGCAGAGAAGGAGAGACUGAAUGGUCCUCCUGGUGGGUACCGUGGAUGGAGGAACGUUGCUCUUCAACCGAUGGUGACAAGCGCUACCCACAAUGAUCAAGGAAAUUCAGGGAUGGCUCACCCUUCGUCAAAGGCUGGGAGAGCAAUGCCACUGGCUAACACGCGGUCAAGAUCUAGAACCGGCCCGGGAAGGCUGGAUCUGAAUGGGCCUUCAACAUCAACGAAAAUGCCAGGUCAGGACCGGGGCAAGGCAAAAGCUAGCAUUGACCGCGGUUGCGGAAGGGGUAGCGGUGAGAGGUUCAGGGUUGCGCCUGCUGGUACUGGUGGAGGGAGGGGUCUCAGGAAGAGUGUGGAGUGGUGA